GGAUGGUUGGAUUGGAUGAUCUCAGAGCUCUUUUCCAACAUUCAUUCUCAGGAUUCUAUGAAGAGAAAAGCUGCCCACAGGCUGCCAGCAGGCACCUUUGCCAUCAGCCUCACUACCCUGGCAGCCUCCUCCACACUCCCAAUCCCUCACACCGAGGCCAUGCAGCCCCCCUGCCCCGCCGGGACCCUCCACGAGCCCGCUUCGGACCCAGCCCCACUUCUCCCCUCAGCCGGGCCCGCCACGGCGCCGCCGAGCCCCCGCCCUCCGCCCGCCCCCAGCGCCGCGCAGGCCCGGGGGCCCCGCGGCACCGCCCGGAGCCGAGCCGAGCCGGGCCGGGCCGGGCCGGCAGGCGGAGCCCGCAGCCCCCGGGCUGAAGGAGCGGGGCUGAGCCGUGCAGGUUUUCAAUUGCAAGUGGAAGACAGGUCUUUGAAAUACAUGAUGGCCACUUGUCAGCUUUUACGCGCUAGACAAAAGAAGUCUUCUAAGGAAUCAGUGUUGUUCCCCAACAAAAUUGAUACUGAGCAGCAGUCUGUGGUGCUGGUGAAAAGACUUCUGGCCAUCUCUGUCUCCUGUAUAACAUACCUGAGAGGGCUGUUCCCAGAGAGUUCAUAUGGAACUCGCUAUUUAGAUGACCUCUGUCUAAAAAUUCUCCGAGAAGAUAAAAGCUGUCUGGGAUCAUUUCAGAUAGUCAAGUGGAUUCAAGGUUGUUUUGAUGCUUUGGAGAGGCAGUAUUUGCAUAUCGCUGUCCUAGCAAUUUACACCAAUCCCAAGGAACCGGAGACAGUGACUGAACUGUAUCAAUUCAAAUUCAAGUACAAAAAGGAGGCGCCCCAGAUGGACAUCAUCAGCAACAAAAUGAACUUUGUGAAUGGGGUGUGCAGCGAGGACAUUAAGCAAGCCAGCAGCCUGCUGAUCCGUAAGCUGUACCUGUUAAUGCAAAACCUUGGCCCGCUUCCCAAUGACAUUACCCUGACCAUGAAACUCUUCUAUUACAAUGAAGUAACUCCCAGCGAUUACCAGCCGCCUGGCUUUAAGGAAGAAGUCGGCCCUACGGACCUGUUGUUUGAUGGUGAUCCCGUCAACCUGAAAGUAGGGUCAGUCUCUACUGGGUUCCACACCAUGAAAGUGAAAGUAACAACUGAAAACAAAAGAAUGGGGAGAGUUGAAAGCAACCUGAUCCAGAAGAAUGGCCCUACUGAGAUCUCCCAUCAAGGGUUAGACUAUGAUGAAGAGGAAGAGGAGGGGAGCACCGAGGACAACCCUCUCCCUGUCAGAGCAGAUUCGGGUGAGCCUGAAAAGGACAAAAAUGAUACCCAUCCAGGCUGGAGAACUGAAGCAUCUUCUUUUUGCCUUCAAGAUACAGGAGGAAAGGAGAAGACAGAAAUAGAAGGAAAGGGCAGAAUGCCUUCCUCAAGGGCCUCUCAGCAGAUAAGCUGCCUGAACCUUGCAUUUAGCCAGGAAGAGGUAAUAGGACUCAAGAAGAAAAGGAAGGUCAGUGAACCAGAGAAGCUGCUUCUGGAAGGCAGGAAGUGAUGUUCGCUCUGACACAAAGUGCAUUUAGAAGUGCAAACCGGUUUGCAAAGAGACUGCAAGCGCCAUAACUGUCCUGACAGCGUGGGCCAACAGCACUUGUUCCAUGUUCUAAAGUUGAGGAUUGAUGAUUCCAUGUGAAUGUGUCCGUGUGCUUCUUUCUGUCCGAGUUCUCCCUCACUCCACACACACCCCACUGGCUAAAUCUGCUCCUCGGUGGCCUGGGCUGUCCUUCGCCAAUAUGUCAUCAAUAUUAACGGCACUAUUUCAGGAUGAGCUCUCUGAGGUAUCAAUGCCAGCAAACAACAAGUCUCAUGAUUCAUUAUGCUUCCUCCUAUCUACUGUUUCCGGAGCGCUGAUUUUUUUUUUCAAAGAAGUUUUUCUUUAAUCUGUAUUGAAUACAAAGAUAAAGUAAUCUAUAAGCAUUUUCUGCUGCCGCUGAAUGUUUUCUUUCUGACUCUGCAAGUAGUGUUGCCAUGACUAUAUUAUCAGCUUAUUUCUAAAGCAGCAGCUACCACGUACCAAGGGGCUUAGUUAAGUGAUAGAAAUCAUGUCGAAAUACUCCACAUUUAAAACCUAACUUUUAUAAAGGUACCUCAUGAUGGCAAACACAGGUAAGGAGAGCAACAGCAAUAAAAGAAUUUCUGUGUCCUUUGGAGCAAAGGUGCUGUGUAUUCUGGCAUGCAGAUUGCCUGGCAGACACUCUGUCAAGUUAUUACUGGAGUGGAGCAAAAUUGUCUAAUUGGUCUUAAACGUUUUUCAAAAGGUGUUCAUGGAACAGCCUCUACAUUCCUUUAUGCACAUAACAAAAGAGAUACUGAAACACGAAACACCGAAGGGAAUUUAGUGCACCCUCUUCCCAACACGGUGUUGAUUGAAGAGUUUAAAUCUUACAGGGAUGGGGAAAUAAAAACACUGGAAUACAACAGAGUAAGGCACCUCGUAGUGUAGCAUUAUCCCGGCCAUUUCAGAAAAUGCAGCAGAUUUCGGGACAGGGCUUGAAGAGCAGCAGUGGUUUUGGAUGUAAGGUGUUUCUUCUGUGGUGUAUGUCAGCUCCACAGGAAGGAGUGAGGAGCACUUGACAAUUGUCUGACCCAUAGCGUGCAGAAGGAUGUUGGCCACCAGUGCCAUCGCUUGGCACACCGGGUUCCCCACUGCUAUUAACGUGGGGAUGGUUUGUGCUGCGGCAGCAUUUGGGAUUGGCUCCAGGCAUCAGUGGAUCUUCCUGCCUGCUGAAACUAUCACCUCUCUGUGACUGGGUAGAAGUCCCACCAGGAGGUGGGGAUUGAUGCACCUCUCUUGUGCUUGUACUUGGCUGGCCACCUGAAGGAGUUGCAGGCCAGACCAGAACUGUCUGGGUGGAGAUCACGCUGAAGCUGAACACCCCUAAAUGUUCAGUUCACCUCCUCUUCCAGGUAGCUGAGUUACGCACUUGCAAUCCUCAUGCUAAUACCACAGCUGUCCUUACUCGGCCCGAGGCAGACAGACCACUGACUGUCCGUGAGCCUGCAGCAGUGUCUGGCAGGUUUUGUGGCUUGAUUCCUAUUUCACAAAACUUGCAGAACACGAGUUCUCCAUUUUAUCCUCGCUUUCAGUCCUGUGUUCUCACUUUUGCACCUGUGGCCUAAUAAGCCAGUUUGUUCACAUGCCAGAGCAAACGAGAAAGCUUCCUUGAGCCCAGAUUUUGUAACGAUAUUUGCUCUCAUGCCUGCACAUCCACGGGAGGCCUGCGUUCUUCACGGCACAGCUACAGCUCGGGACCUGCCUUGACCUGACAGCUUUGCCCUCGUGCUGCUGGAGGUUACGGUUCUGCAUUUCUUCAGCCCACUGACUCCUGCCUGCCCCCGGAGCCUCGUUUUAUUGUUGUAUUGUGCAGAGAGGAGAAAGACAAACGUGUCUCCGUGUUUAUGGUAACUCAAGCAAGUUAGUCCCUCAGCUUGCUUCAUGCACACUGGAACAUGCAAGGUGUCCUGGCCUGCAGCGAGAGGGAGGUAGGCUGCCUGGUGUUCCCGCACAGCACGAGGGAGCACCCAGACUCUGCCGAGUAAAUCCACGGCUUAGCUGACCGGACGGUGUCCUGGUCUUGUAGCCGUGGCCAGAGACUCACUGUCUCAGUUCACAUUGGCUUCUAAUCAGCUAUUUUACGGUAAUGACUUUUAGUCAUUUUCAUUUCAGGCUUGGUUAGAAGUAAAGUAACUUGUGAUGAAUUGCCACAGUAAGCGUCUGAUUUUUUCUUUCCCACAAGCUUGUGGUUACCAUCAGAUUCUAAGAAAAGUCUUUCCACUGCAGAUUGGAAUCAUCUAAGCCACUUACACAUAUCCUUUUAUUUAUUAGCAAUUCUGCUUGGCUAGCUAAAGGUAAAAAAACCUUUUUCUUGUGUUUCAGUCGCAUUUCUAGUUACCACUCGUUAACUGACUUAAUGCGUGUUACACAUCGUCAACCUGAUUCACUACUGACAUAAAACAGAAGCAAUUCGUUAGUAACGGUCCCUUGCCAAUUAGUGAACUAAAUUACGUUUGAAUAAUUUUCUUCAAAGAUUCUCCUCCUCCCCCCCGUGCAUCAUUUGGCAAGUCCCCUGAAUACUUACAGUAAUUACGUGCAUGCAGUGAAAGGAGACUGUUACCUCUUAAAGCAAAAUAAAUGAAUAUGUGAUCUCUGCGUUAAUAUAACAAUGAGUAAUACAAAGAAUCACAGACAUCCUCCCUUUGAUCUGCCAAAGAUAUAAACAGCAAUUAAGAUGACAGGCCGUUUCAAAAACCAGCAUAUUGGGAACGUUCUGUGAGGGGAAAGUGAAUGUUUCUCAGGGCUUUCAGAAAAUCAGAGAAGAAGGGGAACCCUUUCUUGUCCCUCGUGACCACAGGCUUGUUAAUCGACGUGAUGUGGGUAUCCUUACACCUGCCAAGCCGCGAACAGGUUGGCGGUGCUUCUGAAAACCGUUCCCUGUUUCUGGGAUAGCGUUUAACAAGAAGAGUGAUAUCUCUCUUUCAAACUGAAAGUCAAACUGAAGUCAAACGGAAAAUGUUCAGCAUUGUCUCAACCACAUCCUUAAAUAUACUGUCCUUAACAAGAAAAUAACCCCGGCCUCUGGUACUGCGCACUAAUCGUAUGGACAGGUGUCAACAUUCGGUUUUUACCUGACAGCUGAGGAUUCUUUUGGGAUUUCCACUGCAGCGUGUGCUCUAGGAAAUUAUCUGCUCUGACUUUCGGUUCUGGAAGGAGAGCAAAAAGAAGAAACGAAACGUAACGCACGGGUAGGAGAAAUGAAGAAACUUUCACACUUUAAACAGGAGGGUUAGAGUUUAAUGUCAGUGGAGCAUGGAGUGGCCUCUACCCACGACGGUAAUACAAAAAUCCCGUUGUAACACUGUCCACAUGAGCUAGGCUAUCGUUUUUUCCUCCAGUGAAUUUCUGAAUUGCUACCAGUGAAACAUCUCAGCCGUCCCUUGCUAUAAAUGCAAUCAGAAAUCAGCUGGUAUUUUUGACAAGUCUAAUAAUAAACCUAAAGAACCA